UUCACUGAAAUAAAAACAAAAUUUACACUCAUAUUUUUGUGGAAGUUUCUCUCACUAUAUAUCCAUUUCUCCAUCUAAAGGAAAAUUAAUAUUCAGAGGUUUCAUAGCUUUCAGAAGAAGCAUCUACGCCAGGGUUUCUUCAUGUCGGCAAAAUACGAUCCUGCUGACCUAAAUUCCGGAGUUGUUAAUGUUGAGGUGAAAAACGAGGCUAUUAAUGUUGUUAGUGUUGGUCAGUUAGGAAAUGAAACCCUAAUUGAGAAUCGAAGUAAUCAGCAUUUAGUUGGUGAAUCUGUUGUUGAUGGGAUUAGGGUUUUUGGAGAAGGGAAUGACGCUGGUGAGGGUUUAAGAGUGCAAAUGGAAGAUUUAGAUGUGGAAAUUGAUUUGGAUUCGGGGGAUCUCGAUGGUCAAAUGGGGUUUUUAGGAAAUGAUAAGGUUGAUGUUGAACCUUUUACUGAUCUUGGUGUGAACGAGAGCAGAGGGCAAAAAUUUGAUCAAUUCGAAGACCUGAGAAGUGUGUCGUUUGUCGAAAACCAUGUGGGUGAUGCUCAAGGGGGGUUUUCACACCUUGCCCGAAACAGGAAUGUAGUCGAAGGAAAUUUCAUGCAAGACGUAUUAGGUGGGAAGAAUGAAUUUGUUCCUGAUGGUAUAGUAGUUAAUAGUGACUUUAAAGGGGUGGAUAUGAAAGGGAAUGAAGAUGGAUUAAAAGAAGAACAACUGAUAGAAGCUGAGUUGAAAAAUGAAGAUGGCAUAGGUGUUCGGCCUGAUGCUCUUGUUCCCGAAAGACGAGGGGAUGAGGACAGAAUGGAAGAGGAAGGUAAAUUUUAUGUGUCUGAUUUAGUUUGGGGUAAGGUGAGGAGUCAUCCUUGGUGGCCUGGGCAGAUAUUUGAGCCUUCUGCUGCAUCAGACAGAGCAAUGAAAUACUUAAAAAAGGACAGCUAUCUGAUAGCAUAUUUUGGUGACCAGACAUUUGCAUGGAAUGAAGCAUCUCGCAUUAAGCCAUUUAGGAUGUAUUUCUCUCAAAUGGAGAAACAGAGCAACUCAGAACGCUUUUCUCAUGCCGUGGACCGUGCUCUAGAUGAAGUCUCUCAACGGAUUCAGUUUGGGCUGGCCUGCCCAUGUUUGCAGGAGGAGACCCGAGCAAAAAUGAAAUCCCAGAUUGUUAUCAAUGCUGGUAUCAGGGCAGAAUCAAGCAUGAGAGUUGGAGGUGACUACUUUUCAGAUGAAACCUCAUUUAACCCUGCCGAGCUUGUUAGAUCACUGAAGUCAGCAGCUGCAGCCCCACGUUCUAGGAUUCAUAGAUUGUCAUUUAUAUUGGCAAAAGCUCAAUUGGCAGCCUUUAAUCGCUGGAAGGGUUAUUACGAGCUCCCAGUAAUAGAAGAAUAUAGUGAUUUGGAGAAUGAUAAUGAUGUUGAACCACUGCAUGGGGAGAAAGAUGCUAUUGAUGUGGCAGGAGUGGCUUCAGAGGAAAAUUCAGAUCUCCAAGGUACUUCCUCUACAAAGCGUCGUCGACACUCGGGGGUUGACGAGCACCAUGGUGGAAAAGAAAAAUCAAUGUCCAUCUUGAUAUAUGGGAGCAGUUCAGGCAUAUCAAAUAAUCAGAAGAAAUCUAGAGGGAGAGCUGGGCGGGAGUGGAAGUCUAUGUCUUUUGAGAAGAGAAUUCUAGCAUUUGACUCUUUGCCUAGUGAUUCCAAGGCAAAAAGAAGGAAAAAGGUAGUGUUACAAAGCAGUGGUAAUAAGAUGUCUUCACCACCUAAAGCUGCAGACAAAAUUCUCAAGUCUACUGAUGGAAGUUCCCAAAGAAGAAUUGGUAAGCGUAGUGAAAAGUCGAGAAAUGUUGGUUUUGGAGAUUCAGUACCUGCUCCCGUGAAAUCUGAAGAACGGUUGAUUCCAAAAGAGUUCCCUCCUCCAAUAGAGAUGCUCUCAAAGCUCUAUUUGGCUGCCAGGGAUCCCAUGAAUGGGUAUAGCAUUUUGUUAUCACUAGCUGGUCUGUUCUGUGAUUACAGAAAUAUGACUAGCUUGGAAACUACUGAGUCAAGAGACCACACAAAUAUGGUAGAAAAGCAUGUAGAGAAGAAAUCAUCCAACUCGGCCUCUCCUGAAACAUUGUUAAUAGAAGGUAUUGAAGACUCCUAUUGGACUGACAGGAUUAUUCAAUGCUACCCUGAGGAUCAGGUGUUAUUUGAGGUCCAAAAUCAAGAGGAUUUUCCUAAUGCUAAAUGGGAUACUUCUCCAGGCCUGAGUCCAAGCUUGAACAAUAAACAAGAAGUAGGUGGCUCGUUUGAGAAUUCAGAAAGAGAAAAUCUAUCUGUUCUUGUGCAUGGAAAUUCUGAGUACUCCCCAACUGCAUUGGUUCUUAACUUUUCAGAUCUAGAAUCAAUUCCUCCUAUAGCAGAUCUAAACAGAAUAUUUAGUCAGUACGGUCCACUUUGUGAAUCUGAGACUGAAGUUAUUGACAAGAGCAAACGAGGGAAAGUUGUUUUCAAGAGGCGCGCUGAUGCUGAAACUGCUUUUAGCAAGUCAGGGAAAUUUAGUAUUUUUGGUCCAUCACUCAUCAGUUACCGCCUACAAUAUUCUCCAUCACCACGCAAAGCGUCUUGUACCUCAAAGCGUAAAAGGAAGUAUGCAGCGUCUCUUGAAGUGAAUGGAGUUUGAAACUGAAGUUAGAUGAAUUCGUCAUUAGGUGUUUGCAGGAUUUUCCCGUAUUGAUUAAAUAGUUAACUUGGUAGCUAUGUUAAUAUGAAAAUUUGAUGCACAUAGUCGAAAUUAACUGCUGACCCCUUUUUUCUCAUUUAGAACUGUUUUGGAUAGUAGAAAGUAAACCGGGAAAGAUGACUAAGAGAAUUAGAUGUCUAUCCAUUGGUUGAAUCUAUGUAUUCCUACUCAGAAAUACAAAACAUGUUGGCAGCUAGUCUUCUUAAAGUAUAUUUUGGUUUUGACAGUUGA